AUGAUACAGAGGGCGAGAGGGGCAGAGAAAAGGAGAAAGGAUGAGAGGGGCAGAGAAAAUGAGACAGAGGGGCAACAAAAUGAUACAGAGGGAGAGAGGGGCAGAGAAAAGGAGAAAGAGGGCGAGAGGGGCAAAGAAAAUGAGACAGAGGGGCAACAAAAUGAUACAGAGGGAGAGAGGGGCAGAGAAAAGGAGAAAGAGGGCGAGAGGGGCAGAGAAAAGGAGAAAGAGGGCGAGAGGGGCAGAGAAAAGGAAAGAGAGCGAGAGGGGCAGAGAAAAGGAGAAAGGACGAGAGGGGCAGCGAAAAGGAGACAGAGGGGCAACAAAAUGAUACAGAGGGAGAGGGGCAGAGAAAAGGAGAAAGGAGGGCGAGAGGGGCAGAGAAAAGGAAAGAGAGCGAGAGGGGCAAAGAAAAGGAGAAAGAGAGCGAGAGGGACACAAAAGGCAAGAAGGGCAGCAAAAAGGAGACAGAGGGCGAGAGGGGCAGAGAAAAGGAGAAAGGAUGAGAGGGGCAGAGAAAAUGAGACAGAGGGGCAACAAAAUGAUACAGAGGGCGAGAGGGGCAGAGAAAAGGAGAAAGGAUGA